AGAGAGUUUGUUAAUAAGUGAGAGACCGUAUUGAGGUAUAUCCAAAAACCUUAAGUUGAAAAAAUUUGAGCUGCUCUUCUUCAGUUCUUCUAGCUACGAAAAUGGAGAAUAAGACGAUACUAAGACAAUGGUUCGAGCGAGUUGACUCAGAGAAAACCGGAAACAUCACUGCAACUCAGCUGAAGAGUGCUCUUGCUGUUGGUAACCUUGAAUUCCCUCUCUCUGUUGUCCAACAAAUGAUCAGGAUGUAUGAUUCUGAUAGGAAUGGAACUAUGAGUUUUGAUGAAUUUGUUGGGCUAAAUAAAUUUCUUUUAAAGGUUCAACAGGCAUUCUCGGAUCUCCAGAGGGGCCGUGGAUAUCUUGUGCCUGAUGAUGUAUAUGAGGUAGGAUUGGUGAAAAUUGGUUUCUCACUGGACUCUCCUUCUUUUUACACAGUCUGUGAGAGCUUUGACCAAAAGAAGAACGGCAGAAUUCAUCUUGAUGACUUCAUAUCUCUCUGCAUCUUUGUACAGUCUGCUCGGAAUCUUUUCAAUUCUUUUGAUACAACAAAACAAGGCAGAGUUACUCUUGAUUUCAAUCAGUUUGUGUACUGUACUGCGAAUUGUAGAAUAUGAAAUCACCAGCAGUGCUCUAGAGCUCCUAGUGGGUUCGUACGAACAAGUUAAUAAUGAUUUUCGUACGAACAAGUUAAUAAUGAUUUUUUAAGCAGGAUUGCAUGGUCGUGGUCUUCAACAAUGUAAAAAAUUGUGGUCUUAGGCACCAAAUUUUCCUCCAUAGUGUUUAUUUUUUGGACGAGGCCAUUGUCAAUUAUAUUCUUAUGUAUUAUUGAAUUUACAUUUGUUGCUAAUGUAAUUGCUUGGAAGGUUUUUAAAUAA